AGAUGCCUCCCUGUCCAUCACACGUCCAAAUGGGAAGGCCCCGCCCAACAAUUAUAAAAGUGUGCGUGCCAUUACCCAUCCAUCAGGCAAAGAGGGACAAGCGCAAGAUGGAAAGGGACGCACAAUCAUCCAAAGGCCCAGAAGACAGCAGUGCAGUUUGUAGGCAGUUCAUCAAUGGAUCUUGUCGCUAUGGUCCAAGCUGUUACUAUCUACACGAGUUUCCUGCGGCACCGUCGUUUCAAGUUCAGUGUAGGUACUUCCAGAAAGGUGGCUGCUGGUUUGGUGACCGUUGCAGGUAUCUCCAUGUUCCUCAAGCGGGUGAAGGUUCUUCAGGGAGCAGCAGACGUGGUUCAGCACCUGCGGUGUUCCCCUCAGCGCUGGUGGGACAUUCUCUGGCUGACCGCCGAGGAUCUGAGCCCUCUCUUCCACCUCAAGGAGCCUACAGCCUGAAUCGAAGGGGUUCAGAGCCUCUAGUCACAAGUAUGAGCAUGCUGCAGCAGAACUUUGAGCGCUUGACUACAGGCAUUGCAGAGGAGGAAGAGUUCGGGGUUGUGGCAGAUGGACCUCCCCAGCAAGAUGCAAUGAGACCGCUACAACAAAUCGGUGCUACAGACUCCAGUUCUUCAGAUAACUACAGCUCUGCAGCUUUUGUACCUGGAGCAGCACCUGCCGAAGUCCAAAAAGUAACCGUAUCUGAAGCCGAAACACAGGUGACUGGUUCACCAGAGAGACCAGAUCAGGUUGGCGCUGCAGUAUCGACGGAGCAGCAGCAUUCAAGGGCCUUUGACCAAAGCAAAGAUGUGGCCUGUGGCAUCUGCAUGGACAAAAUUUCUGAGAAAUCCACCUCUCAGGAACGGCGUUAUGGCAUCCUACCCAACUGCAAUCAUGCUUUCUGCAUCAGCUGCAUUGUUACAUGGCGGAAAACCAAGGACUUCCAGGAGGAUGUCGUCAAGGGCUGUCCACAGUGCAGAGUGAAAUCCUCCUUCUACAUUCCCAGCAAGCACUGGGUCUGUGAUGGGGAGGAAAAGGCAUCAUUGAUAGCCGCUUUCAAAGAAAGAAGCAGUAAGUUAAAGUGCACUUUCUUCAUGCGUCACGGAUGCUGCCCCUUUAAGUCGGAGUGUAUCUACAGCCAUGACAUGCCCCCUAAUCACACACACCGUCGCAGGCGCUCUGCACGCAGGGACACAGCUGAGGUGUUGGAGGACUUGGGCAUUGAUGGCAUCCAACUUUGGAGCUACAUUUUUGCCCUAACUCUUUUGGAUGAAGAUGACGAGGACCUUCUGGAUUUUCUUGAUGACUAAGGACCUUCUAGUCAUGUAUAUGUUGGCUUAGCCUUGAGUGAGCUUUGCUUAUCUUCUGCACUGAAAUCUAAUAGUCUCUUUUUAGGGUUGGCUUUACUUUAGCUAGCCCUAAAUGUUUGGCUAAUUCUUUAGCCGUGUAGAUUUACUAUGGGUUUCUUUUUUGUAUGAGUGAAAGUCUUUUGCCUUUAGUUUAAGGGAGUGGGUGGGAGAGGAAAAAAGUUUGAAUGCUCAAAUCUCAAAUAGCGUGUCUCUUCGGGUUGAGGAGAAACUAGGGCAAAAAGUUAAUGUUAACAGAAUGCAUGGUCACUUAUUUCAGCUUGUUUUUUCACUUGUUGAUCGUUUAGUACUUCCAUCUGUGCCGAUUCCUGAUUGUUGCACCCUUUUGUCUGAUACCUUUAUAUGAAAUCAGAUUUUAAUUUUGUAUACUUUGUGUAGUACUUUAUAAUAUUGCCGGUAUUUUGCAAAACACUAAAUGUGCAACCUGUCAGCAGGCUUUUGUAUUGUUCUCCUCAGCAGUGUUAACAGGUUAUACCAGGACUUGAUAUCACAUUUUAUUACUUUUAGUACAUGUUUAUAUUCAAAGAAAAGUGAAAAUAAAAAAAUGUUCCACUG